GUAGAUAAUGUUUUAUGUAAAGGUGGCCGUUUACUUUGAUAAAUUAACUAUUAACACUAAUAAAAAUGUAUACGAUAAAAUGAUUAAUUAAUUACUUCUAUUGAAAACAAAAAACUAGCAGUAGCAAGUACUUUGAUCCAACGAAACCAAUUUUUUUAUUAAUAUUUUAAUACGGCUUUGUUUACCAACAAAGAAACUAUGGCACUUCACUUCACCACAGACAAACAGCAAAAUCAAGUAUAAUGCGUAUAUGUGCAAAAGUAUGCCGCACCCGUAGUAAGUAGUACCGGGAAAGGGUGUAUUUUAUUUAGUCGCAUAAUGUCGAUAAAAUUUUGCGCCUAGAACGAUAUCACUAGGCAUUGUGGCUGUCUUUUGUCUUACAUAAUCGGAAUUGCAAAAACACUCUAGUGUUCAAUUUAGCUUUGCGUUACACAGUUAGAAGUGAUACGUCGAGAUACAUAAUCAGCCUGCUGUUCGUGUAUUGUUUUUAUUAGAUAUUAGAUAUCCAUUAAAUAAUAAAAAAAAAUAGAAUUGAAAACAAACUCUAAAAACGUGUGCUGUAAAUAAAUGAUAUUUAAUAGGUUCUUAUUACUAUACUUGUGUAUACCUACUUACAUUACAAGUCCCCGCCCGCGGCUUCGUCCAUACUCCACACUAAAUUUUGGUUAAUUCACAAAUACCGCAGGAACCACCCGUAGUCUUUAAUUGCUCAGAAAAACUGUAAUUCAUUAAACCAAGCAAUAUGGCCUCAUUACUCAUACCCAAAGACGAACCUCUGCAUGAUCACGACACAGAGUAUUGGAAUGGCGAAGAACUUGUUAAACCCAAAGAAGAAUUAUCCAAAGCCAAUCUCUAUGUAAAUGCUGAAGAGUUGGACAGUACAAUGCUCAGUAUGUUGGUGCCAGUUGAAUAUGAAUCAACCAUAAAAGAGGUUGAACUAGAAGAAUAUGAGGAAAUUGAUCAACUGGGGCAAUUACAUGGUGAAGAUGAAGAAGUUGAUCAACCAAAUGAUGAUGAGAUUGAGCAACAAUAUACUGAUGAUGAUGAGGCACAGAAAGUAACAGAAGCUUCAUCAGAGGGAGAUGAAACUGAACCAAAGACCAAAGCCUCGUCAGACGACAAAAGUGACAGUGAUUGGGAGCCUCAAAGUAAACACAAACGCUGCAGAGCAUCACAUGCUGCACCUUCGAAGAAAUACAAAAAAGGCCAAACUAGAGUCCAAAAGGACUACAUCAAAAAGAAAAAUGACCAAACAGGCGACCAAAAAGAUCAAACCAAACGAACUGUCGACAGGGCCAAAAAGUGCACAGUGUGCGACCACGUGUGUGCAGACAAGUCAUCUCACACUGAACACAUGAAAACACACGGCGACAAACCGCACCGGUGCGACAUGUGCCUCUUCCGGACCGCGCACAGGGGCCGCCUCGUGACGCACGUGAUGCGCCACACGGGCGACAAGCCGCACGCCUGCCGCCUGUGCGCGUACGCCUGCAGGACGGCGUCGGCGCUGCGGCUGCACCUUCUGACGCAUUCCGGCGCCAGGACCCACCAGUGCACCAUCUGCGACAUGAAGUUUACGAGGAAGUCGACUCUGAAAGCGCACCUUGUUGUACACACGGCGGAGAAACCGUUCCAUUGCCCGCAGUGCGAAAAAAGAUUUAGAACUAAAUACAGUUUGAUACAGCACAUCGUCGGUGUACACAACUGCGCGAAGGCUUACGAGUGCGCCCUCUGCGAUUACAAAACCAACAGGAAGUUUUAUCUGAAAAUUCACAUAAAGACGCACAGCCGCGAGCAGCCCUUCUACUGCGAGAUAUGCUCGUCGCGGUUUGCGCACAAAGGUACUCUGACGGCUCACAUGCGGACGCACACCGGCGAGAAGCCGUUCAAAUGUAAGCUGUGCGACUUCCGCACCGCCAGGAGCGACGCGCUGGUGCGGCACCGGCGCGUGCACACGGGGGAGAAACCCUUCGCGUGCCCGACUUGCGGGAAAACAUUCGCGAGAACUUGCGGUGUCAUAAGUCACAUGAAAACACACGAUGACUUGAAACCUUUCAUAUGUGAAUAUUGCCAAAGAGCAUUCAAGUCCAGCGGCGCUCUGAAGCAGCACAUGCAGACGCACGGAGACACGAAGCCCUACGAGUGCAAAGUUUGCAAAUCUCGGUUUCGAGACAGAAACGUUUUGGUCAACCACUCGAGGAGACAUACGGGGGAGAAACCAUUUUCGUGCGAUUUGUGCGAAUUCGCAACCGCCCACAGCGGCAGGCUGACGUCGCAUCGUAUGCGACACACGGGGGAGAAACCCUUCGCGUGCACCCUGUGUGACCACAGAUGUAGAACAAAAUCCGCUUUGCAAACUCACGAAAGAAAACACACGGGCGAAAAAAGUCACUGUUGCGUGAUUUGUAAUUCAAAAUUUACCACCAAUAGCAGUUUGCGUAACCACUUGAAAACGCACACGGGUGAGAAGCAUCUGUCGUGCGACCUGUGCGCGUUCCGCACGGCGCACAAGGGCCGCCUGGUGACGCACGUCAUGACGCACACCGGCCAGAAGCCGUUCCGCUGCAGCGAGUGCGCCGCGAGGUUCAGGACGCGACACGCGCUUAAGGAACACUUCAGAAAACACACGGGCGAGAAACCUUUGGAGUGUCGCAUUUGUUUUGAAAAGUUCAGGUGUGCGCAAAGUUUGAGAAAACAUAAAAAGACACAUGAGAAUCAUUGAGAAGUUGCAAAAAAUGACAAUGUGACAAUCUUUGAGUACAACUUACAAGAGACGUGAGAGUGGCAAUCUCUGAGAAGUCACAAGAGACGUGAGAGUGGCAAUCUCUGAGAAGUCACAAGAGACGUGAGAGUGGCAAUCUUCGAGAAGUCCCAAGAGACGUGAGAGUGGCAAUCUUCGAGAAGUCCCAAGAGACGUGAGAGUGGCAAUCUUCGAGAAGUCCCAAGAGACGUGAGAGUGGCAAUCCUCGAGAAGUCACAAGAGACGUGAGAGUGGCAAUCCUCGAGAAGUCACAAGAGACGUGAGAGUGGCAAUCUUCGAGAAGUCCCAAGAGACGUGAGAGUGGCAAUCUUCGAGAAGUCCCAAGAGACGUGAGAGUGGCAAUCCUCGAGAAGUCACAAGAGACGUGAGAGUGGCAAUCUUCGAGAAGUCACAAGAGACGUGAGAGUGGCAAUCCUCGAGAAGUCACAAGAGACGUGAGAGUGGCAAUCUUCGAGAAGUCCCAAGAGACGUGAGAGUGGCAAUCUUCGAGAAGUCCCAAGAGACGUGAGAGCGGCAAUCUUCGAGAAGUCCCAAGAGACGUGAGAGUGGCAAUCUUCGAGAAGUCCCAAGAGACGUGAGAGUGGCAAUCUUCGAGAAGUCCCAAGAGACGUGAGAGUGGCAAUCCUCGAGAAGUCACAAGAGACGUGAGAGUGGCAAUCCUCGAGAAGUCACAAGAGACGUGAGAGUGGCAAUCUUCGAGAAGUCCCAAGAGACGUGAGAGUGGCAAUCUUCGAGAAGUCCCAAGAGACGUGAGAGUGGCAAUCCUCGAGAAGUCCCAAGAGACGUGAGAGUGGCAAUCUUCGAGAAGUCACAAGAGACGUGAGAGUGGCAAUCCUCGAGAAGUCACAAGAGACGUGAGAGUGGCAAUCUUCGAGAAGUCCCAAGAGACGUGAGAGUGGCAAUCUUCGAGAAGUCCCAAGAGACGUGAGAGCGGCAAUCUUCGAGAAGUCCCAAGAGACGUGAGAGUGGCAAUCCUCGAGAAGUCACAAGAGACGUGAGAGUGGCAAUCUUCGAGAAGUCCCAAGAGACGUGAGAGUGGCAAUCCUCGAGAAGUCACAAGAGACGUGAGAGUGGCAAUCAUCGAGAAGUCAUAAGAGACGUGAGAGUGGCAAUCUUCGAGAAAUCACAAGAGACGUGAGAGUGGCAAUCUUCGAGAAGUCACAAGAGACGUGAGAGUGGCAAUCUUCGAGAAGUCACAAGAGACGUGAGAGUGGCAAUCUUCGAGAAGUCACAAGAGACGUGAGAGUGGCAAUCUUCGAGAAGUCACAAGAGACGUGAGAGUGGCAAUCUUCUAGAAGUCACAAGAGACGUGAGAGUGGCAAUCUUCGAGAAGUCACAAGAGACGUGAGAGUGGCAAUCUUCGAGAAGUCACAAGAGACGUGAGAGUGGCAAUCUUCGAGAAGUCACAAGAGACGUGAGAGUGGCAAUCUUCGAGAAGUCACAAGAGACGUGAGAGUGGCAAUCUUCGAGAAGUCACAAGAGACGUGAGAGUGGCAAUCUUCGAGAAGUCACAAGAGACGUGAGAGUGGCAAUCUUCGAGAAGUCACAAGAGACGUGAGAGUGGCAAUCUUCGAGAAGUCACAAGAGACGUGAGAGUGGCAAUCUUCUAGAAGUCACAAGAGACGUGAGAGUGGCAAUCUUCGAGAAGUCACAAGAGACGUGAGAGUGGCAAUCUUCGAGAAGUCACAAGAGACGUGAGAGUGGCAAUCUUCGAGAAGUCACAAGAGACGUGAGAGUGGCAAUCUUCGAGAAGUCACAAGAGACGUGAGAGUGGCAAUCUUCGAGAAGUCACAA